CAGAGGUGGGUUUGGUUGAGGGAGUUUGUUUGUGUGCGAGGCAGUCGGGGCCCGCGGAGGGGGGCAGUCGGAGCCGUCCCAGAAGGAGCUACUAACUUGGAGAAAGCUGUCAUCUUGUUCCAAGCCAAAAACCCCUGUGCUCAGAAGGUCUGGUUAGUGAUUGGUAGGUUUUUGCAUCGGCUGGGGCACAGGCUGCUCUUGGAAUCCAGGCCAUGACCAGCAGAGGAGCUGCGAGGCCAAAUGGUCAGUCACAGGCCAGCAAGAUUUGUCAGUUCAAGCUAGUACUACUGGGUGAAUCAGCAGUAGGAAAAUCCAGCCUGGUGCUGCGUUUUGUCAAGGGACAGUUCCAUGAAUACCAGGAGAGCACCAUUGGUGCGGCUUUCCUCACACAGUCUGUCUGUCUAGAUGACACAACAGUAAAGUUUGAAAUCUGGGAUACAGCUGGUCAGGAAAGAUAUCACAGUUUGGCCCCUAUGUAUUACCGAGGAGCUCAAGCUGCCAUUGUGGUUUAUGACAUAACCAACCAGGAAACGUUUGCACGAGCAAAAACAUGGGUGAAAGAACUUCAACGGCAAGCUAGCCCAAACAUUGUUAUAGCCUUAGCAGGAAAUAAGGCUGAUCUUGCCAACAAGCGCAUGGUAGAAUACGAAGAGGCCCAGGCUUAUGCAGAUGACAACAGUCUAUUGUUUAUGGAGACAUCAGCUAAGACAGCGAUGAAUGUUAACGAUCUCUUCCUGGCAAUAGCUAAGAAACUGCCAAAGAGUGAGCCCCAGAGCACAGGCGGUGCCAUGGGUCGGAAUCGAGGUGUGGACCUCCAUGAGCAGUCCCAGCAGAACAAGAGCCAGUGUUGUAGCAACUAAGCAGUGGCAGUAAAGCAGCCGGCGAGAGAUAAGAUAUAACCUCCAUUCCCACCCCACUCCACCACACCUCACCUCCAAUAACAGCAUCGGCACACUUGGAAGCCGCCCCCUUCCUUCCUUCUCCUGAGAGCUCCGUUUAACUGCACUUCUAAUGCUUCAGAAACCACCACCAGACGUCUGUUACCACCACCACCCCAAGGAAAAGUGGAGAUAGACCGACCGGGGACUUAACUUCCAAAAACAAACUCUUCUUCACUUUGUAUUAUAGGUGCAAAUAGCUACCUACUUACUGGGAUUCCCCUGCUCUGUUUUCUCCCAGAUAAUAUUCCUUUCCUUCAUUGCCUCUCCCAACAGUCUUGUCUUCACUCUGAUAAAAUCUGUGUUCUUGGUCCUGUAACAUUCACCUUCUCUUCACCUCCACCUCUCUUUGUUUUGUCCAGUGGGGGAGGAUCAGAAGUGAGGGGGAACUUAAUUCUUGUAGAUUUAUUUUUAAGAGUAAGGUUAAUUAUUAUUUUUUUCAAAAAUGCAGAAUUUUUGUGAGGUCCUCAGAGUUUUUUUUUAAUCAUUUGUUUCCAGUGUUCAGAAAAGCUGCAGUGUCCUUCAUGAUCUUUUUCCAGGGCAGUCUUUUGUGGCUGGUUUGGAGAGGUAAAUGGUAUCUGAACUUCCGCUGAUGUCUUGCUUGCUGUGAUAUCGGUAUGGCAGUAGGUCCCAGUGGCACAAAUAGUAAAAUCAUGUCUGUGAAAACAGAAAAUGAAGAACAGUUUUCCCAAACUCUUGGCACUCGUUGGCUAUUUUAGAUGUAUUCUUGGUCAGGAGGGCUGUGAACGGAGGGAUGCUCAUUUGAGGUCAGUCUCACUGGCAGGAAUGGCAUUCUGAAGUAAAAGCCUGUUGUGUGUCACCUUCGGUUAACAUUCAGAUUGCAUUAACGAGUUAUCAGAGUCCUGUUAAGGCUAUUCAUUUCUUUGCUCAAGAAGUAUGACCAGCAGUCUGAAACAAAAAUGGACAAGAGAGACUAAGCUUUCUUCAGUUGCUUGGCCCUACAGUAGUGGAGCCUAUCAGUUUCCUUUUUGAUAGGUUGUAUUUAGCUUGGCCCUCAUACGGCAAUAACACAUUAUAUGUACAGCAUUGCAUGUUUUGUAGAAUGUUGUUCUAAGUUGCCAAAAGGAAAAACACCCUUACAACUUCAGCAGAAUAUUUGAAAAGCCUUUUCCUAGUGAUUCUUACAGACUUUAAAGGUUUUGGUCUACAGGACUGAGGGUGCAAUGAAAUGAGAAGCAGCAUGCUAGGUAGGAGAUGCUAAGAAGAGGACCAGUACUGUACUCUCAAUACCCUUUCCUUGCCAGGGAGACCCAGCUUGCCUUGACUCUUUCCUACACCCUUGUAAAAUCUCCCCCUUGCCCUAUAUAACAUUAUUCCAAGGUAGCAGGUGGUGUGCUGGAGCAACCCCACCUACCAGACCUUAAGGCCCAGCCUGUUCAUCCUUAAGGGCUGUCUAAUGCAAGAACUGUUUAAAUUAAAAGAUAUCUAGCCCUUUUACAUUCAGUUUACUCUGUAAAUAGGAUAGCACAAACGUGUAUGUAUAAAAAGGGGGGGGCAUGGGAGGGGGGAUUUUUACUCCCUUGCAAUUAGCUAAACAGUCAUAGCUUUUUAAACUUAUUUGUAGAUAGUGCUGAUCUGUAAGAUUAAGCAUGCUACCAUCUCACCCGCAACUUGCUCUUUGAAUAGCUUCCAGUGGUCCAGUGUCUUUGGAAGGAAUCAAUCUUAAUCUGAACAGUGGCCUUCGCAGAGUCGGUGAUGAAUUCAUUUGACCACCACCCCCCCCAGCACACUUGACUUUUUAAAAGCUUCACACAAGAAUUCAGUUUCUGAAGUGGAAUGAUUCACCAAUGUUGUCCAGAUCUUGCUCUAAGACAGUUUGCUAUCAAUACAAGCAUCACUUCAUAUGAGCACCAAUUUGGUGUAUUCUGAUCUCAAAUCUGUAGAUUUCUAAUGUGAAUCCUUCUGUAGCAGGACCUGAAAUGGGCCAUUCACACAAGCAUAGCCUUUCCUAUUUUUUUCCAAGCACAGUUUAUAAGCACUCUCAUUUUGCACAUCCUUUGCACCUGUACUUUCUGUAGGCAUGUGUUUACUUACCUGUUCCCAUCCAAGGUAACUUAGAUACUGAUGCCACUCACGUAACGCCUGCACUGAGGACUUAAGUUUUGUUUUAUUCACCCUUGUAGCCAUGUAUUGACUUUACUAAUUCCUGCAUUGCUGUUGGACAUAUUUUAUUGCCUUUGAAAAAGGGUGUCUAGUGGCUAUUAAGAAGAAGCCAGGCUUCCUUCUUGUCUCCUGAAAACCUAGCAGGAAGACUUCAAAGCAGAGUGCUUGCAAAUGGCACAUGCUGUAUCAUUCUGCCCCAUGCACUUCGCAUAAGGGUGCAGAACUGCCUCUUCUCUACUGCUGUGCAUGUGACUUGAGAAGCUUUCAAGGAUUCUGAAGUCUACAUUAUUUUAGGGAAGCCCCAGGACAUUUCCAUAUGUGUUUCAAACUCUGAAACUCACAUUUGUGUCAGGUUUGAGUCCUGUAGGUGGGAGAAACCGGGAAUGGACUCUUGUACCUUCAGUUGUUCUCACGGAAGCUUUUCUCAUUGAUCUUCCUGUCUACUUCUUCUGUGCAUAUAAUUGGUAUUGUUUCCUCAUAUAGGAGAGCCUAGGAAUGGGAAUAAGGCUGCCUUCUCCCUUGCCAACAGAGCUAUGAUGAUGUUUUAACUUCCAUUCAUGACACAGCAAACAUAGAUUUUGUAUUUAAACUAACCUCCACAUGGUUCGCAUUUGGGUUUUUUGUGCUUCCUGAGCAAGUGAGGACACUGCAGCUUUUUCUUAAAACAUAACAAACACAUACUUUCUCUUCUGCUUUAUUUUCCUUUUCUGAUCAGGGUUUUUUUUGUGCUUUUGAAAAAGCUCUUUCAUUGCAUUUGAAAUAACUAUCAUGGUAACAGAAUUCAACUGCUGAUUUACCGAUGUAUUUAAUGUAAGUAAACAAAAAUCAGUGUA